AUGUCCCGCGAGCGGCCCCUCCGCACAGACAUUCCCCGCAACCUAAGCUUUAUAGCUGCACUGACAGAGCGCGCCUACUACCGCAGCCAGCGGCCAAGCCUCGAGGAGGAGCUCGAGGAGGAGCUCGGCGAGGGCGGGACCCGGCCCGGUGCCCGAUCCCGCGCUCACGCUCCACAUCGGGGUCGCCGAGCUCGCUCUGCACCGGCCGGAGGCGGUGCCGCUCGUGCGCCCCGCAGCCGUAGCCCUGACACCCGCAAGAGAGUACGCUUUGCGGACGCGCUGGGGCUGGAGCUGGCCUCCGUGCGCCGCUUCCGUCCCGGAGAGCUGCCUCGGGUGCCCCGCCACGUGCAGGUUCAGCACCAGAGGGACGCCCUCCGUCACUUCGCGCCGUGCCAGCCGCGCGCCCGCAGCCUCCAGGAGGCGCGCGCCGCCCUGGAGCCGGCCUGCGAGCCCGGUUUCGUCGCGCGCCUGCAGGCACAGCGCAUUUGCUUGGAACGCGCCGAGGCGGGCCCACUGGGCGUGGCCGGGAGCGCGCGCGUGCUGGACCUGGCCUACGAGAAGCGCGUGAGCGUACGCUGGAGCGCCGACGGCUGGCGGAGCCAGCGCGAAGCCCCCGCCGCCUACGCCGGCCCGGCCCCGCCCCCUCCGCGCGCCGACCGCUUCGCCUUCCGCCUGCCCGCGCCGCCCAUUGGAGGUUCUCUGCUCUUCGCCUUGCGUUACCGUGUGACGGGUCACGAGUUCUGGGACAACAACGGUGGCCGAGACUAUGCUCUACGUGGGCCCGAGCAUCCGGGCAGUGGCGGAGUCCCGGAGCCCCAGGGCUGGAUCCACUUUAUCUGAGACGAGGCGCUGGCCCGCCACUACGGAGAAACUCAAAGAAGAGGUGAAGACCCUACUUCCUUUUCUUCCAAGACCAUGGUUGAUCCACCUUUCUCCUUCAGGCUCCUUCACUGUCUUCUGAAGGGAAAAGAGAGAAAAGAAGCAGUUCCUGUUAUUAUAGAUGAACAAGGAGCACUCAGGUGCCCAUUUAAACAACAUCCUUAUCUUUUGAAGAAAAAAGAAUUUCAUGCAUCUUGUGGAUCACCUUCAGGUUCAAGUUCCAGCAAAGUGAAGAGAGAAACUGUAUUGGAAACCAUCACUCAGUGCACUGUUGAGUCAUCUGAGGGGAGCCCAGGAAGUCUGGGUCAAGGUUCAGUGUGUAAUAAUGUCUUGCCUAAUGUGUAUGUGUUGUUAUGUUGAAUUAGCAAUAAUCAUAGCUCACACUUAACAUUUGUCUGCUAAAAUGUAUUUUACAUGCAUGCUCAAAACCUAUUGGUCAAUUAUCAUUGUCUUUGUUUUAGAUAAAAGUCUCAGAAAAACUUAGUAAUUUGUUUAAGAUCACACAGCUAGGAAAUGGCACUGCUAGGAUUUUAAGCCCAGGUAAUCUACAGAUACUAUAUGCAAUACCAUGAUGUUAUUUUUUUUUCUUUAAAAAUAAAAUUACAAACAUU